AUGUUGCAGUGCUGUGGCGUUGGAGGUGGCGCUUCCACGGCACCUCAGGCUCAUCUGCUGGGUACUGGAUCUGCUGUCGGAGUCACCACCUCCUACAGGACCACUACCAUGCAGGACCCCAUACUUGAAUCCAUACUCGAGCAAAUGCGCGAGGCGGAGACCCGCCGAGCAGAUUUGGAGAGACAACAUGCAGAUGCACAAAACCAAUUACGGGAAAAGCUAGCAGGGCGCUACCAAGGCCCAGAAUCGGUUGAGGCUUUGCAGUCCAAAAUCAGAGAAUUAGAAAAAAAGACGGAGUUACAAAUGGUGAAACAUGAAGAACUAUCUUUAGAACUAACAAGUCUGAGACGAGCUCGAAGUAGAGGACCAACCUCUGGCCAUUCCUCCCUACCCACCUCAUGGCCACCUGCUGGAUCUGAAAUAGAUAGAAUUAUGGCAAGAAUAGAGCAAGACAGUAGUGGAAGGAUAAUGCACGAUUUCGAUCAUUUGAGAGCCGUGACUACGCAACAACCGUCUCUCACUCAAAAUUUACUACGAACCAGCGCAGAAAAUCUUCCAAAUCUCGGUCAACAUCAACAUCCACCUCAUCCACAUGCACUUAGUCUCGGCAUUCCCGCUCAUUCACAAAUUCCUCACUAUGGAGGUUCGCCAAUGCCAUUAACUCCCAUGAUGCCCGGGUGUCCGCCCUUGACUCCGAAUGGCCCUCCAUAUCAUUAUAGCGAACCAAUUCCACCGGCACCAUCACUUUCGACGAGUCAAUCUCAACCAGCAUUUCAACAAAAGAUGCCGCAGUACCAACAGCAUCAACAUCACGAAAUGCCAAGUUCUCAUUCUCAAACUGCUCUGCCCUCGCAAAAGCAGCAACAAACGCACACGCAUUACUCGAGUAAUCAGUAUCAAGAAAGUUACCCACAUACGCAAACUUAUCAACAACCCCACCAGCAGCAGCAACAACAACAGCAGCAGCAGUCUCAGCAUCAACAGCAUCAACAGCAUCCGACGUCGACGUCGUACCUCACAUCCACCAGUCAGAAUGUCUUACCUCACUAUACUCAGCCUAGCCAAUCUACUCAGAAUUACCAAAUGAAUGGGAAGCAACAGACAACGACAUAUUCAAAUUUACCGAUGGGAUCCCAUCCAAAUGGAACCUAUAGUUCCGUUGCAACCAGCUAUGGAACACAAUUAGGACAUCAACAUUAUUCGAUACCGCAGACGACGUUAGCAUCAUUACAAUCGUCCUAUCAUCCGACGUCGUCUUAUCACUCGACAUUAGGCAACCUAGCCAGUGGUCCACAAUCUGUGCUUCCUUACACCACCGUUCAAAGCACCUUCUCGACGGCCGGAUCAACCUACUCCACUGUCGGGACCAAUGCUUACGGUGCAUCAGGAGUUAGUUCAGGAGCAACUUCUGGAGGUUUAUUGCAAGCAAUAGGAGAUCCACUCCACGCAAUGCAACAGCUUUCUGCUCAAUCUCAAGCAAAUCAACUUCAGCAACAAGCAAUCAUCCAACAAAUUCAGCAGAGCCUACGAGCCACGUCGCCAACUGUCACCGGCGCAACGAGUCAUCACUAUAUCGGGCACAGACAAAUGCCAAAAAUCCCUACUAGUAUUCUCACUAAUCCCUUAGAUAGAUUGACGAAUGAGUCAAUGAUGUCGGAAGGCCAAGUCGACAUGCUGGACAUACCGGGCAAAGGCAGAUGUUACGUUUACAUCGCAAGGUUUACUUAUGAACCGUUUCAGCAUUCACCAAAUGAAAAUCCAGAAGCUGAACUUCCUGUUCAGGGAGGCGAUUACUUACUAGUUUGGGGCCAGCCCGAUGAUGAUGGUUUUCUUGAUGCAGAAACUCUAGAUGGUAGAAGGGGUCUCGUCCCAGCGAAUUUUGUACAGAAGCUGGUUGGAGAUGAUUUGCUCGAGUUUCAUCAAGCUGUUCUUGGACUGAGAGACGUUGAUGAUUCUGUUUCUACUAAUAUUCCACAAUGCUAUUUGCAGGACAUCGAUCUAGAAUUAGCAGCACUCGAAGAAGGAAAUCGCAACCGACAGGCUGAAUUAUCCGCCUAUGCAGAACUUGACAAUAUAGCCGAAGAAGAUGAACAAGAGCCUCCAGAAGUCUACCUGUUUUCGGACCUAGUUCCGGCGCCUCAACACCUUACACUCGAGCGUCAACUGAACAAGAGCGUCCUGAUUGGCUGGACAGCGCCAGAUAAUCCACACCAGUUAGAAUCCUAUCAUGUCUACGUAGACGGGGUGCUCAAAGUUACAGUGAAAGCUACCGAGAGGACCAGAGCUCUCGUUGAAGGAGUUGAUUCAACCAGGCCUCACAGAAUAAGCGUUCGCUCCGUAACACACUCUCGAAGGACAUCAAGGGAUGCAGCGUGCACUAUGGUGAUUGGGAAAGACGUAGCCAUGGGUCCCACAGCUGUAAAGGCAUCGAAUGUGACAGCAACUAGCGCAAUUAUAUCCUGGCUGCCAAGUAACAGUAAUCAUCAGCACGUAGUUUGCGUCAAUAAUGUGGAAGUUAGAACCGUGAAGCCAGGAGUUUAUCGACACACGAUUACGGGAUUAGCACCUUCAACGAUCUACAGAGUUACUGUCAAGGCGAAGAAUCUAAGAGCCACCCACUUUGAGGACCAAAACGCUCAGUCGGCCAAUAAUCAGGCCUGUCACGUUCAUUUCAAAACUCUGCCCAAAGGACUCCCGGAUCCUCCGGUUGAUAUCCAGGUGGAGGCUGGACCGCAGGACGGCACUUUGCUAGUGACCUGGCAGCCUGUUGCCCUAAACGGUUCGGCCGUCACCGGUUACUCGGUUUACGCCGACGGGAAGAAGGUCACUGAUGUGGACAGUCCUACUGGUGAUCAUGCUCUCGUCGAUAUACACAAGUUGAUGGGCUUAAAUCCUAAACACAUUACGGUCAGGACCAAAAGCCGAGAGAGCCAAUCUGGUGAUAGUUGUGCGACCGCGAUACCCUGCAGCGUUUUACGUGGCGGGCCUACUCAUAUGCAACCUGGUCCUUCUCACAUGAUUGAUACGAAUCAGCAUCAGUCAGGAGUAAUAACAAUCGAUGAUCCUCACAGAAUUGGCAGUAUCGUUCAAAGAUAUCCGAAUUCGCAGAUUCCUCCACACAUGAGAAGACACAACACGAGGGUCGACGCACAUGGACAAGUCAUUAUUGAAACUGACGAGAACCUUUCUGAUAAGGAGAUCUACCCGGGGCAGAGUAUUUCGCAGAUGGGCAUUCCGGAAAUUACGAAAGAUUCGGCUAGUGAAAACUAUAGUGAAGAGGAUGACCCAACGAGAAGAAGUAGAGGCAUGGCCCAAGGUCAAAAUUAUGGAUAUCGGGGCGAUACUUAUGCCCCAAGAACUCCUGAGGCACAUCGAGCUGGUAAGCCAGGACCUGGACCAAGGCCACAAGAUCCUUAUUAUGAUCAAACAGCUGCGAGUCAACGAGGAAGGGGUCAAAUGCAUCGAGGAAGAGGGACACAGAGUGGGGCACAUCAUCCCCAAGGUGGGGUACAACAAGUUAGCAAACGGACAAGAUGGUUCGUGGCUAUCUACGAUUAUGACCCCACGACUAUGUCGCCUAAUCCAGAUGCUUGCGAAGAGGAAUUGCGAUUCAAUGAAGGGGAUGUUAUCAAGGUCUUUGGUGAGAAAGAUCCAGAUGGUUUCUACUGGGGCGAAUUUCGCGGAAGGCGAGGAUAUAUACCCAACAAUAUGGUCCAAGAAAUGAAGGAUCAGAAUCAAGAUGGUCAAGUGCAAGGACAACAAGGUAGAAGAGGCCCAGGAACUGGUGAUAGAUGGGGCGAUAUCUAUGCUAGUAUGCCCUCAAGAAGAAUGAUUGCCCUGUAUGAUUACGACCCUCAAGAGUUGUCACCCAACGUGGAUGCAGAACAAGUGGAACUCUCUUUUCAAACCGGAAACGAGAUCCUCGUAUACGGGGAAAUGGACGCUGACGGUUUUUAUAUGGGCGAAUUGAAUGGAGUUCGCGGUCUUGUGCCAAGUAACUUCCUUACUGAAGCUUGUAAUCAAAGUCCAGGCCCACCUGGUCAAGGAGGCAGAAGACAAGUGCCUCCAGGCCAGGGACAAGGACCUGGAGCCAGAGGACCUCCUCCUCCCCCACGAGAACCACCUCCCCCAGGUCAUCGUCGUAAUAAAGAUGCCUGCAUUGUGCCUGUGUCUGUCCCUGUCUGUCACUUAGACUCUAGACAACUACAACAACAACCACUAAUGAACAACCAACAACAUCAACUACAAUAUCAACAAAACAAUCCACCGCAUCUAGCGUACCAACAAGCGAAUCACCACAGCUACACGACUGUAACCACAUCCAAUCAACAUGGACCCAUGGGUGUCCACAAUGCCCAUCAACCGAGUGCCAUGCAAGGCCAUCUUCAGCAACAGGGGAGGGGGAGAGGCACGGUCAAUCGAGCCGGUGGUAGUAACAUGCCCGGAGGUCUCCAAGGCCAGCAGCACCUUCAGCAACAGGGACAGCAGGGAAAUCAGCCCUAUCAGCAACAACCGCAACAGCAGGGUCAGCAGAACCAGGGCUACCAACAGCAGACCCAGGGAUAUCAGCAACAGCAGUUUGGCCAACAAAAUCCUCAGUUUCAGCAGCAGCAGCAACAGCAGCAGCAAUAUCAACAAAAUCAAGGUUCAUCUAUGCAGGGACCUCAGAUGCAAGGUGCGAAUAAACAAAUUCGUGGAAUUCCUGCUGUUAUACCCAACGCGCAAUCGACUCAGCAAAAUCCUCAACAACAGCAAUCUCAACAGCAACAAAACACGGGUCCGAAUCUCAUGCAGAAGUUCACCGAAAUGGCGGGCUCCAGCGCUGGCGGUGACAUUCUCUCGAAAGGAAAAGAGCUCAUCUUUAUGAAAUUUGGUUUAGGCAAGUGAGCCCUUACCUGUAUUUUGCUUCAGCUCGCAAUGUCUCUUAUAUUCCUAGAUGUCGACCGAAAACUCGUCCGAGGUCUUCGAUAUGUGACCGGCGAAAGCGUUUCACCCUUGUGACAACAUAUCUCGUUCCUGGACAAUGUACAGAUUAAGGAGCAGAAUGUAUAAUUGUAUACGUCGUAAAGUAUAUAAAAUUAUGAUACUUUUUCAUCUACAAGAUGGAUCUUACCGUCAUUGUUGUUGCUGCUAUUACUGCCGCCGCUGCUGCUGGAUAAGUAAAUUAUUUAUCCUUGUGGUAUGAUGUUCAUUUCAGUAUUUAAUAAUGAUGAUCAACUGAACAAACGAACGAAAUAUGAAAUAUUUAUCAUCCGAGUCUGUCGGUGCCCGAUGCCCGAAAUCCGCAGAGUGUAAGGAAAGCAAGCAGGAGAUAUUGAAAUGUUUUUUAAAGCGCGAUUCGCUGAUGUAUUUUAUUAGGCCCAGGCCAGAAGUGUAUAAUUAGCUCAAGUGAACAAUAAAUAUAAACUCUCUUUCUCUUUCCACUUAUUCCUCGCAAGAAAUGCAAUUUUUAUGAGGAUCGCGAUAGGAAAAUGCAUAGGAUAUAAACUUGUAAAGGACGUCAAAGGUGGUUUUCAAUUCGGUGUCAAAGAAAAGGUUCAUGCUUUCAAACUUAAACAUUCAGAAUUAUAAAAUUGAACAUUUAACACCAUUAAGCUGCAAAAUAAAACUUAAAAUUACAAAAACUUUAAUUACAAAACUUGAUACUAUCAAAUAUCUCUUUAAGCUCUCACUGCAAAAUAACUAAAAAUAUUUCAAAUUUUUCUUUCUAUUUCAUUUUUUUCUUUCUUUCUAUUUCAAAUAUUUCCUUUAAAAAUAUUUAAAAUCUACUAAUUCUGAGGGCAUGGCCGUUUUUAAUUCUUAUUUAUGUACAUCAGAAUUAAAAAAUUAAACUUGAUUAAAAUCAAUUUAAAGUAGAUUUAGUUUAUGUCAAAGGAAAGUGAAAAUGAGUUUGUGGCAAUUCAAGGUCUAUUGAAAUGAAUUCCAGUGCCUUUAAGUGAAUUCCAAUGAACUUUGGUGAAUUAAAUAUAUUUAGUUCUACAAACUUAUGAACUCCAAUGAAUUCAUGAUCAAUUAAAAUGAAUUGAAAAUGAAUAUAGUUGUAUUUAAGAUAAUUCAAGUAGAUUAUUUGAGCUCAAAAGAAAUUCAUCAGCAUUCAAGAUAAUUCUACUAAACUCAAAUGAUUUAAUAAUAAUGACUGUUGACUGCUACUUACAGGCGAUGCGUUUCAAAUG